AUGGUACGGAUUCUUGGACUGAGAGUCGGAGAAUCAGACGAGUCCCCUCGCGAGAUCACUGCUUCACGGACCAACCUCACCGGUCAGUCUAGUGAGAAUGGGUGGCUCAUCAGGUUUUUCGACUCUGCCUUUUUCUGUGAGUGGAUUGCUGUUAGCUACCUGUACAAGCAUGAGCAUGCUGGAGUACGUGACUAUCUAUGUAAUCGAAUGUAUACCCUGCCCCUGUCGGGCGUUGAGAGCUACCUCUUCCAGAUUUGUUACAUGAUGGUCCACAAGCCAAGCCCAUCUUUGGACAAGUUUGUGAUUGAUAUUUGCUCUAAGUCGCUUAAAAUAGCAUUGAAGGUGCAAUGGUUUUUGAUGGCAGAGCUUGAGGAUAAUGAUGACAAUGAGGGCAUUAGUAGGAUUCAAGAGAAGUGUCAGAUUGCCGCAACUUUGAUGGGUGAAUGGCCUCCCCUUAUUCGUUCCCCCAAUGAAUCUAUCAGUCCUGGAAGUAAGAGUCAGGUUUUGAAUAGAAUAUUGUCUUCCAAACAACGGCUGCUCUCAUUAGCAUCUUCACCGCCCACACAGAAAUCAUUGUCAUUCUCACCUUCAUCAGGGAACAAUUUGCAUGAAGAUGCUAGCCCGCUAUCGCCAGAAGAGAAUGGGAUCUUUAAGAAGUUGAUUCCUGGUCCAAAAGUGAGGGAUGCAUUGUUGUUUAGGAAGUCAGUUGAGAAAGAUGAGGAUGAGGUCGAGAAGGAUGGGUUUUUCAAGAGGCUAUUGAGGGACAGUAGAGGUGAGGAUGAGGAACCAAGCUCGAGCUCGGAGGGUUUUUUUAAGAGGCUUUUGAGGGAUAAAGAUAAUAGAGGUGAGGAUGAGGAGUUAACAUCAAGCUCAGAAGGGUUUUUUAAAAGGUUGUUUCGUGACAGCAAGAGUGAUUCUGAUGACAAAUCGGUCUCCAAAUCAGUGGAUGAUGAUGAGAAAGAUGGAUUUUUUAGGAAGUUUUUUAAGGAAAAAUUUGAGGAGAAGAAGGAUUGGAAUGGGAGGAAUGAGGAUGAUGAAGUGACCUUGGAAGAGAAAUUUUUGAAAUCUGCAGCGGAUGAUGAAAAGGAGGGUUUCUUUCGGAAAUUGUUCAAGGAUAAAUUUGAGGACAAGAAGGAUGGGACAGAUAGAAAUGAGUUGAAUGGAGAGGAAGAAGAACCUUCAGACUUUUCUUUGUUCCGGAGAUUGUUUCGUGUGCAUCCAGAAGAUGCAAAAACUCCCAAGGCAAAUGAAAACAGCAACAGUGGUGGCUUGUUUGAAAGCAGCCCUGGGACAGAGAAUUUUUUUCGCAAACUGUUUAGAGAUCGUGAUCGUUCAGUUGAGGACUCAGAGCUUUUCGGGUCAAAGAAGCAUAAAGAGAAGCGUCCUGGUUCUCCGAAGCAACAGAAUGAUAAGUCCAAUGCCAAACCCCCACUUCCUAAUUAUACCCCAUCACAGUUAAGAAAAGGGGCUUAUCACGAGUCCUUGGACUUUGUGCAAUCAUUAUGCGAGACAUCAUAUGGGUUGGUGGAUGUAUUUCCAGUUGAAGACCGUAAGAGUGCUCUUCGUGAGUCACUUGCAGAGAUCAAUUUGCAUCUAACUGAGGCUCAAACUAGUGGAGGAGUUUGCUUUCCUAUGGGAAAAGGCAUGUAUCGUGUUGUUCAUAUCCCUGAAGAUGAAGCUGUUCUUUUGAAUUCUAGGGAAAAGGCACCUUACCUGAUAUGCAUUGAGGUUUUGAAAAGUGAGAUGCCAAGCAAUACGAAGGAUGUGCUUGGUUCUCAAAAACUUUCCAGUGGAGGCAUUCCUCUUGCGAAUGGAGAUGCAUUAUUGCCUAAGCCACCUCCAUGGGCCUAUCCUCUGUGGACUGCGCAGGAGGUUUAUCGGAAUAGCAAUGACAGGAUGUCUAGAUCUACGGCCCAGGCAAUUGACCAGGCAAUGUCUCAUAAGGCAAAAGUAAAAUUUGUUAGAGUUAGUCUUUCUGUGGGCAUGCAGUCACCUACCCAGUCGAAGUGUAGUGACAUAACCAAGUCACACUUUGGCAUUAAUUGUGGAAGUCGGCAAUCUGCUUCAGUUCCUGCAGAUAUUGCAUCAAACAGCUGUAAAUGCCUCGAGAGUGGAAGCCCUGCAUCAGACACAGCAAGUGAUUUAGAAUGGGUAAGGGUGGUACUGGCGGCAGAUCCUGGAGUUAGGAUGGAUGAUGUUGAGGAUCAAGGGCCACCACGUCGGAAGGAACAUCGUCGCGUCCCCAGUACAAUUGCCAUAGAAGAAGUAAAGGCUGCUGCUGCCAAAGGCGAAGCACCUCUGGGACUCCCUCUUAAAGGAGCUGGUCAGGAUUCAUCAGAUGCUCAACCAAGGGGUAAUGGUGGUAUCCCCAAGCCCACUGAUGCUUUGUCUGGUGAGCUAUGGGAGGUUAAGAAAGAGAGGAUACGCCGAGCUUCAGUGCAUGGAAAGUUAUCUGGGUGGGACUUGCGCUCUGCUAUUGUGAAGAGUGGUGAUGAUUGUAGGCAGGAGCAUCUUGCUGUGCAACUUAUCUCACACUUCUACGAUAUAUUCCAAGAAGCUGGUCUGCCUCUCUGGUUACGCCCUUAUGAAGUUUUGUGCACUUCUUCUUACACAGCUCUCAUUGAAACAAUUCCAGACACGGCUUCUCUUCAUUCUAUCAAAAGUAGAUAUCCCAACAUCACCAGUUUACGUGACUUUUACAUUGCCAAAUAUGAAGAAAAUUCUCCAAGUUUUAAACUUGCACAGAGAAAUUUUGUUGAGAGUAUGGCUGGAUAUUCUAUAGUAUGCUAUUUUCUUCAGGUGAAGGAUCGGCAUAAUGGAAACCUUUUAAUGGAUGAAGAAGGGCAUAUUAUACAUAUUGAUUUUGGCUUCAUGCUCUCAAAUUCACCUGGUGGUGUAAAUUUUGAAAGUGCGCCCUUCAAAUUGACCCGGGAACUUCUCGAGGUCAUGGAUUCUGAUGCUGAGGGAGUUCCAAGCGAGUUCUUUGACUAUUUUAAAGUUCUCUGUAUUCAAGGGUUUCUAACAUGUCGCAAGCAUGCAGAGCGCAUUAUUCUUCUUGUUGAGAUGUUGCAGGAUUCUGGUUUCCCAUGCUUUAAAGGUGGCCCUCGGACAAUUCAGAAUCUGAGAAAAAGAUUUCAUUUAAGUUUGACUGAAGAGCAAUGUGUCUCCCUGGUACUUUCCCUGAUAAGCAGCAGCUUAGAUGCGUGGCGGACACGGCAGUAUGAUUAUUAUCAGAGGGUUUUGAAUGGAAUAUUAUGAUGUUGGGUUUUCUUGUCGAUGAUUUUUUUUUCCCUGAGAAAAUUGCCGUCUUGUAUAAAAAGGCCGGUGUGUUGCAUGGGAGCAUCAAAAGUAUUGUUGGCGUGGAAACAGAGCGGUGGUGCCAGUUUGUGGCUAGUUUUCCCUUCACCUUGAGGAAUUUGUAAUUGUAUCGGCACAAAUACUCGAAUUGGAAUUUAGCAUGCAAAAUUCAUUUUAGCUGGGGGUCCAUUUUUGCUGUUCCGCCUUAUGUCGUGUAUUAUAGGAGGACUCUGCGAACUGGCAGCAAGUUGGAGUUCACAAGGAGAAAGAAAACUUCAGCAGCCAAUGUACAGAUUGAUCCAUUUUGGACACGGACAAACUUGACGGGCUCUUUUUACUGGUACACUAUGAAUUAAUACUUUACACUGGUCGGAACAAUCUUCAUGGUUUUGUAUAUCUGCCCUCUCGCUACAUUCUUGUGAUAGAAACCUGGACAGGAUAGGACAGUUGGAUGGGUUACUCUCUUUUCAAUCCUGUUGCCUCGGCCAUUAGAUGGCACGUUUCCAUGAUUCCAUCAUUGGAAUAGUGUUGUAUGGUGUAUGUAAUGUUGAAAAUUGAUCCUAUUAGUGGAGAAUUUGUUCCUUUGAAACUCGUCUGCCUGUCCCAGAUUUAUGAUGGCAUUAGAUUUCAUUUUCUGGGUAAAUAGCUUAUGAGGCUGUUUUUGGUUAUGUGUUUUGUUUUAAGUUACAUCGUCUUUUAUUAUGGUCCUGGUUGUUGCUGUGAUUGUUUGAAAGUAGUCUCCAGCUUCGAAAAUAUUUGGCCUCCUAACUUUGAAUUUAAGUUUGACGAGGAGUUUGAUCAAAUGUAGAAGAUUCUUUUAAUG